CAACGUCAGCCUCUUUCGCCAAAUGCGGAAGUAUGAACAAUAACAAUGGCUAUUUCUAAAGCCGCAUCAUGACUAUACUAAAUAUUAACUUUAUGUCAAAAUAUUGCCAAAAUAGAUGAUGUUAGUCAUGUAAACUGAAACCGGAUAUAUUUAUAAACCCGAAAAUAAUCUUAUGUAAAGUGAAAUUAAUCAAAACAACUGAAAAUAAAGCUUAGAGCUAGACAGAGCGUGGCAUGUAUAGCGGUUUCCUUCCGAAGGGACUCAGUGAGGCUGAUUUGAGUCCUGAUGAGGAAGAAGAGAACACUCAGGAGAAGCAGAACAAACUAAUUGCCACUGAAACUGAGAAAUGUCCUGCUGAGAGCGAGCAGAAUGUACAGAAUGACUUAUCAUCAUCAUCAUCAUCAUCAUCGUCAUCAUCUCCUCCUGACAGCUGUUUGCCAGGAGUGUCUCAAGAUCUGUGGCAAAAAUUUAAAGACCUGCAGAAGGAAAGAGUGAUUCAGAAAAUGGAUCAACCCCCAACAAGAAAACGAGGGAAAAAACGGCACAGAAAAGGUGGCACUCUGAAGCAGGCGAGUGAUGCAGAAGAGAAAAGGGAUGGUGAGGAGGUUCGGGUGAAGCAAUGGGAAGAACUGACCCAGUAUUUCGGCACCAAUGAUAGAUUCCAGCCCCCUGCCAGUAGCCGGCCUUCGCCAAAGUCAGGCCUGGAAAAGAACAUGGAGCGAGCCAUCGCCGAAGGGGAUUAUGGGAAGGCGGAGGAGCUGAGCGACCGGCUGGCUACUCGUGAGCUGGCUGUGAAAAUCGCUCAAGCUGCCGACUGCCGCGACUUCGCCCGAGCCAGACGGGAAGAGGAGGAUUCACGGGCAGCACGGAAAAAGAGGAAACAGAUCGCAUGGGGCUUUGAAGCAAAGAAAAGGUGGGAAACCAAAAGCAACAUGGGCUACAUGUGAUGUUUCAGGAGAAAUAAGAAUUUUUUUUAAAUAUAUUUGAAUUAAUUUGCUUUUCUAUGGUAUUUCCAAUGGCAGUGAAAACCUGUACAUGGUUAGUUAAAUAAACGACUUAACCUUAACAUUA